GCCCACCGUGUCCCUGUACGCCAGCUCCACGCUCAUCAAGGACGGCCUCCCAGUGACGGGCCCCGGCGCCGCCCACUUCGCCGUCGUCAGCACGCAGAGGCUGCCCACACUGGGCGCCCGUGACUUCGACGUGUCGGGGGCCCUGGACCACGACCUCGUGGCCUCCCGCCUGCCCGGCAACGACCGCGUCCAGAUGGUGGCUCUGGGCCUCAAGGAGCGGCACUACGGCCCCGUGACCGUGCGCCUGCGCCGCCACGUGCGCGGACUGUCUGGCGGUGAGAUCUGCAACCGGGGCGAGGCUUACCUCACCUUCUACGUCGUCCCCUUUCAGCUGCCCGUGUCCUAUCUGGGAGACUGGAUCGACGACCACGGCACGGAAUUCCUCGGGACGAACCAUGGAGACGUCGAAUUCAAGGAUUCGUACGUAAACUCGUCUCCCGUGCCGAUGGGGUUUGAUGGUGGGGAGGGGUUUUGGGCGGCGCACGGGGGUCCAGGGCGCCCCCGAAAGGCGGAGCGGGACCGCUUGUGGCUGGAGGGGUAUGCGGAGGAGAAAAGAGGUCGCGAGGUGGGGACGCACGAUGGUGGAUACGUGCACCGUCUGGGGGAUGUCCGGGAAGUGGGUCACCGCCCUGGCGAACGUCGCUACGGAUAUGGCACUCACCGUGCCGAAGAGAGGGCCCAUGGAUCACCCGAGCACCCUGGCAGGAGUGGCCACGAUUUUAGAGGAUACAGCGCGCCUGAUUAUGUUCACCUCGGUCACGUCGAGCGGGACGCGUAUGGAGCUCCUCACGGGCUGGAGUUUCCGUCCAAGCUCGCCAGGGGCUUGAAGUUGUCACUGGGCGAGGAGUAUUCGUGA